AUCUCCCACUUUAGGCAGUGGGUAAUGAAGAUAUAACCUCUUUAAGAUACAAGCAAACGUAGAAAGAGAGAUUCUUUGCUUCUUUUUUUUUUUUUUUUGGAUUGUUGGGAAAAAUACCUAUUUUUUGCUAAUUGUUUUCGCUGUUAUUAACGAAAUCGUAGGUUGUUUGUGCAUUAAGAAGCAAAUUAAUUGUUUGAAAGGGAUUGAUAUAAUAAUGGGUUGCUUAGUUUAUCGUUCUUUUAUUUGAUCAUUGGCAGAAUAGGCUUAUGGGUUCUGUGUUAGUUUUCCAUUCCAUUGCUAAUUCAUCUCUAUUCUCCUUGUCAUUCCUAUUUGUAUUUAUUUAUUUUUAUAUUCAGAUUGCAGAAAGCGAGGAUGUUAGGAUAGUAAGAGAGUUUGCACUCCUGGUGGAUGCGUGUGAAGCAUAUUUUAACAAGAAUGGGCAAAAGUCUCAGGAGUCAUCCGUGAUUCCAACCAUGUCAGAGAGGUUUAUGGGAAUGAGAGCUGCUCUAUUCACUAACAAUUCUAAUUUGAAAUCAUUUGGAGAAAAAAUUGGCUUCAGUGUAUUGGACUUGAAUAGAUUAUAUGGAAAUAGCAAUUCUCCCCCUGCAUUGUCAGUUGAUAAAUUGGCUUCCGAAUUGCUGACCUUACUUGGAUUCCAAGAAGGAAAGAUAAUGGAAUCCGGCCAGUUUGAUUUAGUAAUUUUGCACAUUGGGUCUGGGGAGAAUUUGAAUGUUGAAGAGGGUAAAGCUACUGCAAGUGACAUGGAAUUCAUGAAUGCUCUGCUUGGUGCCAUUAUGCUUGUAGCUCAGCCUGGAACUGAAAUUGGUUCCCGUCUACACUUGUCCCUCGUGAUGGGCUAUGGCUAUGUGUCAAAGGCUGAUGAUCCUGAUUUGUCAAUUUUGAGCCCAAACUUUGAGAAGAAUCCUCAUCUUUCUGCACUUUUCCCUCGACAGAGUUACAACAUGAGAGGAGAAAGUCCAAGAAAUGAUGUUCGGCACCACAGUCCCAUGUUAAUUGCUCAAUAUCAGUAUGCUGUAACCCGCAAGGAUAUGGUAGAGUCAUUUUCUUUUGAAGAUUUCAAAGAGCAUUCUGGAAAUCUCACCAUACCAGCUGACAGGUUGCUGCAUGAGAUAGCAUUUAAGCUUUGGAAGGCGCCCAAGUAUGGUGCAUAAGGGGAACUUUAUUUGUCUCCAUUACAUGACUUAAAAUUCAACCUCCUCAAAAUAAGAAAGUGAUAAGCUUAUCGAGCAUCCUAUACUCUUGAAAUCCUUUUUCUUUGGUGAUGUUGUUCUUGAUCUUAUCUCAACUCAAGCUGACUAUUUUAUUUUAUAUUUUUGUUUCAACUUAAAGAUGACUGUUGUCCUUGAGUAAGUCAGACAUGAUCUUACUCUUACACUCAAUUGACAGGAGCCAGUUAAUGUUAAU